AUGUUCAGCUCUCGUUCGGCACAAUCGACUCUCUCCAAAUCGAAUCAAGAGUUGGAGAGACGGAAAAAGAAUGCAGUUUUUCUCGGAGAUGUGGAUACACGUUCCAAUAUCAAGCAAAUUAGUUUAAUUAAAACAAUAAGAGAGGAAUUUGAUGUCUAUUAUUCUUCUAGAAAAUGCAACCACCAUAAAGAACGUUGGUAUGAAAUUAAAGAGCCACGAAAACAACAUAAGAGUAACAAGUACAGUACGACGAUAUAUGAUUUUUUGAAUCCAAAUAUUGAAAGUAUUGAAUCGUUAAAAGCAUACUCGAUUUGUUGUGAAGUAUUGAGCUCGGAAAUUCUUUCAAAAGACGCAGAAUCGACAGCAGAUUUUCUGGGAGGAUCAGAUUUGGAAUUUUAUUAUUUUGUCAAAUUAAAAGCCACUAGUGAAGGUAAAAUGGUCAUCCUAUUUGGAGAAUUAUUCAAUGUGGAAAUUAGUGUCUGCCCUUCUGACACCUCCAAUCCGUCCGAAUCAAGUGUGCCAAAUUCUUCAUCGUCUCACCAUUGA